UCAAGGCGAGCGCACGGCCAGCCGGAGCAACUAUCAACAACAGCAGCAGCAACACCAGCAGCAGCAGCAGCAGCAGCAGCAGCAACUGCAUCAAAGUCUUCAAACUUAUAUAACGACCGAUUAGCCUGACGGUUACUUUAGUUAUUCGGUCAACUCUAGACGGUCAAGUUCGCAACUAAACACGGCUGGAUCGCUAGAAAAAAAAAUAAAAAAAAAUAAAAUCGAAAAAGAAAAUAAAAUAAAUUGAAUUUAAAUCACGCACUAAUGCAGGCACAUAUUCGCCAGGAAGUGUGUCUGAACUUACAAGUGCAAUUGUAACAGCAAGAAAUCCUAACUAAAGUGCAAAGUGAACCAAAUUGUGUGAAAGUUAACAAAGAAACAAAUCAAGCAGUACGCCGUUUACUCUAAAAUAAAUAAACAUACACAUAAAAACCGAAUUUCUGUCAAAUAUCUGAAGGAUAUUUGGCGCUGGUGACUUCUGACAACCUGCAAGAAUUCUUGCAAAUAUCAAAUCACACAGCAUACAUAAACGAAUUCUCUGUUACGGCGUCGUAGUGGGGUGCAUUAGAUUCCAGCUACGUCUAUUUGGCCAACACUAACAAUAGCUAAGGCAAAAUGUUUCUACGCCGCUGCACUUUUCUGUUGUUGCUCUGCCUAAUUGCGAGUGACGCCAACGCCGUGCGCAAAACGAAGCGUCCUGUCAAGCCGGCCAAGCAGACAAUUCCACGCACCAAUGUGACGCCACCGCCUGCAGCAUUGGCUGCCACAACGAGCAGCAGCACCAGCAGCAGCAGCUCCACCUCGACAACAACAAGCAGCACGAGCGAACUGAGCGCCGAGGCGGCCCCAGCCCCAGCCGCAGCCGCAGCCCCACUGGCCAGCAGCACCAACAGCGCGAUUAGCAACAGCGAGCUGCCCAAGCCGCUGCUGCCACAAACUGAUGCACAGCCGGAGCCCAAGACAGACAAGGCGCCCGAAACGGAAGAGGAGUGCGAUCCAGAUAUGAUUGGCUUCGAGAUAAUUACCGGCUACGUGUUGUCGGCACCGUCGAAGAUGCUGGAUACCCUGCCCGGCACGCUGAUGCUCACGGACUGCUUGGAGGCCUGCCAGAGCAAUGAGUCCUGCAGUUCUGUCAACUAUGAAACCGGCUUGUGUGUGCUGUUCAAGACGACCGCCGAUAAAUUGCCAGGUUCACUUUCGCGCUCACAAUUUCCGGUUUUCACGAUCUACGCACAGAAAUCGUGUUUGGGCGUGCGUCCUUGCUCCAAGGCCUGGUGCAUUGAUCGCGUUCAAGGUUACCGCCUACCCGAACAUGUCAAAUCUAGUCAGACGGUGCUGUCGCGCCGCGACUGCUUGGAGCUCUGCCUGGGCGAAACGGAAUUUACAUGCCGCUCGGCGAACUUCUAUCGCCACUCGGGACUGUGUGAGCUCUCAGACAUGGAUCGCAUCACGCUAUCGGCCGGCAACAGCGUGGAGGCCUAUGAAGGCGCCGAUUAUCUGGAGAAUAAUUGCGCCGAGGAGCCCAGCAAGCUAUGCGAAUUCAAGCGCAUCUCGGGCAAGAUUCUGAAGACAGUGGAUUCCGUUUAUCAGGACAUUAACACCAUUGAUGAAUGUCGCGAUCUGUGCCUCAACUCGCCCUACAGAUGCCACUCGUAUGACUACAAUGACACUGGCGACAUGGUCUGCCGUCUGUCGCAUCACAGCCGCGCCACGCUGACGGAUGUGAUGGAUCCCUAUCUGGAUGUGCCCGAGGCAGCCACCUAUGAGCUGUCCGCCUGCUACAAUGUGUCUAUCGAGUGCCGUUCCGGCGAGAUGAUCACAAAGAUACGCACCUCCAAGCUCUUCGACGGCAAGGUCUACGCCAAGGGGGCACCCAAGUCGUGCUCAGUGAGCGUUGACAAAUCGCUAGAGUUCGAUUUCCGUAUGGGCUACAAUGAUCUAGAGUGCAAUGUGCGCCAGAGCGCCUAUGGUCGCUAUAUGAACGAUAUUGUUAUACAGCAUCACUCAAUGAUUGUCACCUCCUCCGAUCUGGGUCUGGCUGUCAGCUGUCAGUACGAUCUGACCAACAAGACGGUGCUGAACGACGUGGACUUGGGCGUCACUGGCGAGAUCGAGUCGUCGCUUAGCGAGGAGAUAACCAUCGAUUCACCGAAUGUCGUCAUGAAGAUCACGUCACGCGAUGGCAGCGACAUGAAGCGCAUCGCCGAGGUCGGUGAUCCCCUGGCACUGCGUUUCGAGAUCGUUGAGCAGAACAGUCCGUAUGAGAUAUUUGUGCGCGAACUGGUCGCCAUGGACGGCUCGGACAGCGCUGAGAUUACGCUGAUUGAUGCUAAUGGCUGCCCCACCGAUCAAUACAUCAUGGGCACCAUACAGAAGCUCUCGCACAAUCGCAAGGUGCUGCUCUCCCAGUUCGAUGCAUUCAAGUUCCCAUCCAGCGAGGUGGUACAGUUCCGCGCCCUCGUAACGCCCUGCAUUCCACGCUGCGAGCCCGUCAUUUGCGAUAGCGAGGAUGGCGCCAGCGGCGAGCUGAAGUCGCUCGUCUCCUAUGGCCGCAGGAAGCGCUCCGUUGUGAAUGGCACCGAUGGUGUCGAGUUCAUGGUCAGCACACGCCAGCAACGCGAACGCCGCGAUGUCGGCUCAACCCCGGCCGAUGAUAACAUACUGCUCGUGCAGUCCAUACAAAUCAUAGACAAGUUUGGCUUCCAGGCCGAGGACGGUAGCGACGCCAGCCAGAGCUCUGGCGAGCCCAACGAGAAGGCCUACGCGGGCGUUGCCCAGGACAAGCUCACUUGUCUUAAUGGCUAUGGUCUGAUCUUUGCCGGCUCGCUGUUUCUGCUCGCUCAGCUGAGCAUCUUUGGCAUUUGGAAGACCGUGCAGCGACGCACACGCAAGGAGCGCUAUCUGUACCAGCAGGACCCCACGCCCACCAUCACAUACGGUGCGCCCACAAUACUGUAUGGCCCGCCCCCCUCAGCCGCGGGCAGCAUGGCCGGCGCGUCGCAUGCGAACAGCGCCAAGGACACGCUGAGCAAGCUGUACGACAGCGGCAUAAACGGACGCUACGGUCAGCAGUACUAAGCCGGGUAUCGGAUAGCUCUCACAGUUAGCUGGGAACAAACGCAAUAUGCCUCGAAAGCUUCAAAAGAUUCGAUGAGACUUGAAUAGCACAUAUACAUACAUAUAUCAAUGUUCGCCAAGCAGCGAUGCAUGCAAAUCAUUUGAAAAAUUCAUAGUUUAAUUCUACAUAAAACAAGAAAAGGAGAAAAGAAUAAGAAACGAAAAACUAGCAUAAGCUAAUUUAGUUAAUACGUAAUUUUAUCGAGAAAAAGAAAAUCACGUAUGGAGACGAUUGCAAUUCGAAUGCGCGCUUUCAAAUGCCCUGGAGAAUAUAUCUAUAUAAAUAUAAAAAAAAAU